UAAAAAUAGCAAAAGGUGGUUUAUAUAUAGCAGUGGAUUUUCCAUGUACAGUGUGCUAGACCGUAAAAAGGCGGGAACUAGCUGUCUGUUUCAGAGGUGGUAGGAAUCUUGAAAGUGUGCAGCACCUUUGAGUAACAGAGAUACAUGUUACAGUGCCUAGAUACCUUGGAGUAACAGAGAUACAUGCUACAGGGCCUAGAUACCUUGGAGUAACAGAGAUACAGAUUACAGGGCCAAGAUACCUUGGAGUAACAGAGAUACAGAUUACAGGGCCUAGAUACCUUGGAGUAACAGAGGUACAGAUUACAGGGCCUAGGUACCUUGGAGUAACAGUAUGGAUAUCACAGCUAUACCAUGUAGGCAGAAACAAGUUGCAGUGCUCAAGGAUCUGUUUGGAAAGCCUCAUCAGCACACAGUGCCAUCCUUGUUCAUAUAUGGUCAUACAUCAACAGGGAAAACACUUGUUGUUAAUACACUUUUGAGGACAUUAAAGCUACCCCAUGCUGUGGUGAACUGUGUAGAAUGCUACAACCAGCGUUUCCUGUUUGAGCACAUCUUGAACACAAUCAGUGGCAACUCUGAGACAAUAACAGACACAGACAAUGUCAUCAAAUGUGACAACAUGAAUGAUUUUAUACGUCUUCUUAGACAAAUUGUGGGUGAGCAGGGACUGGAUUCUCAAACUUUGUACAUUGUAUUUGACAAAGCUGAGCGUCUGCGUGAUAUGGAAUCAAAUAUCCUUCCAGCAUUUCUUAGACUGCAAGAACUGAGUGCUUUAAAUGUAUGUGUGUUGUUGGUGUCCGAGAUUGUAUGGGAGAAAUACAGAUUUGGUAGUGGAUUCUGUGAACCAUUAGUUAUACAUUUCCCUGAUUAUAGUAAAGAGGAGCUUGUGCAGAUUAUAUGCCAGGAUUGUCCUCCAGAGUAUCCUGAGGGCUUUUACAACAUGUAUGUGAAUCUUGUGCUUAGUAUAUUCCACUACGCAUGUAGAAAUUUGAAAGAACUUCGACACCUGGUGUCACUGAAUUUCAAGAAGUACAUUCAGCCAGUCAGUACCGGAGAAGCCUCACUGAAUGAUACAAAGAAAUUAUGGAAGAAUAUAGAACCACAUUUGAAAAAAGCAUUGCACACCCUGUACUUGAGAGAAGUAUCGAGUUCUCAGUGGGAGCGCUACCAGUAUGAUCUGGAGACAACAGAUAGUGUUGCCUUACAAGGUUUAUCUCACAGAUCUCAUGUAGAGCUUCCAUUUUAUUCCAAGUAUCUUCUCAUUGCUGCUUACCUAGCUUCAUAUAAUCCUGCGAAGUCAGACAGGAAGUUCUUUGCAAAGCAUUCUGGAAAAGGGAACAAGAAAACACAACAAAUAAAGAAGUCUGAGAGGACUAGCAACCAUAUGCUGGGACCAAAGCCAUUUCCUCUAGAUAGAUUGAUGGCCAUCUUCUACUCUAUAGUGGAUGGAAGAGUCGCUCCAACAGCCAAUAUAUUUAUGCAGAUAACGUCAUUGGUAAGCCUACAUUUCCUGGGUCAUGCUGUCGGAGAAGACCAAAUAGAGCAGCCUAAAUAUAAAUGCCUUGUCUCUCUGGAGUUUAUCAAGGCUGUUGCUAGGACUGUGAAUUUUGAUGUGCUGAGAUAUUUGUAUGAUUUUGUGUAGAAGGAAUAGACAUCCAUAUUACAUUUGUGUUCAGAGUUACAGUACAACAGUCAGCAAACAUUCAGUCAGGAUUAAAACAUGACAUUCAACCCAGAUUAGUGUGGGACAUUUAAUUAAGAUUAUUUAAAACAUUCAGCAAUGAAUAGUGUGUGACAUUCAGGCUAAAUGUAAGACAUUUAGUCAAGGUUACUCUAUGAAAUUCAGCUCAUACUAAAUUAAGACACUUAGGGAGCAGUUCAGUCAAGCUGAUUUAAGACAUUUUGUAGAGAUGGUACCUAAAAAAUUCAAAUUCAUCUUUACAGAUUUUUAUGCUCCCCAAAGAGGGGGGAGCGUUUAGUCGCCAAAAAGCUUGUCUGGAACUAUGAAAGGGAUUGACUUGAUACUUCACAUAUUGAUAGAGGUCAGUGAGAGGAAGUGCAAUGUCAAAGAACUAUAACUCUAGCUCAUCCC